AUGCCAACCAAAAAUCAGAAAGGAAAAGGACAAGGAAAAAAGGAGAGAGGAAACGCACCAUCAACUUCAUCAUCAUCCUCAUCUUCACGGGAACCAGAUAUGGACGUCUCAGCCCUUGCCGACUUCCUGGAGUUCGCUCUCCUCUCCCGCUCAGGCUUAUGCCCCCCGCCGUCGUCGGGUCCCCUCCUCAAAACCGAAGCCCUUCAGCAGUACACCUUGGAUGGCAUGAAGCACACUUCCUCGAUUUCUGAGAAUUGGGACACAAACGAGGACAAAAUUGACCCGGGCUACGACAACUGCGGGAAUGAGGGCACCGUCGUCAAGACGAAGAACACGGCCGAGAGCGUUCACAUGAAGAUGCCGAUGCAUGGGGCGGCGAAGGAGGACGUGGAGGUGAGGGUGGAGGGCUCGGUGCUGCUGGUGGAUGCCAAGGAGGCAGGCAGCGAUCGGAUUGUUGAGAGGUACAUCGUUGAGCUGCCCAUACACAAGUGCAAGCUUGAGGAGAUCAAGGCUGUGAUGGGGGAAGAUGGGGUUCUUGAGCUGGAGAUUCCAAAGAAGAAGAAGAAGAGCGAUGGGGCUGUGAUUGAGGUGAUUAUCAACUAG